UUUGUCACAAAACAUUUUCCUGAUUUCCCAAGCAAAGGAAUACUUUUCACAGACAUCUGUCCAAUUCUCAAAAACCCGGGUGCACUGACGGCAGUCAUCAAUCUUUUUGAAGACGUGAGGCAGACGCAUCCCCAAGUAGCACUGAUUGAUGGUCUGGCUGCUCAGGGGUUUCUCUUCGGAUCCCUUCUAGCCCAGAGGUUAGGAGUGGGAUUUGUGCUGGUCCGGAAGAUGGGAAAGCUCCCAGGGCCUACACUGUCUAUGGCACACAAUCUGGAGUAUGGAGAGGCUGAGGUUAAGAUCCAGGAGGAUGCAGUGGCUCCAGAACAGAAAGUGCUUCUCAUCGAUGAUUUACUAGCCACUGGAGGAAACCUGUAUGCUACCUGUGAGCUCAUGAAGAAACAGAAUGCAGAGGUAAUGGGCUGCAUGGUGGUCAUUGAGCUCAAUGGGGUUGAAGCCAAAUGCCCUCUUCUCCCUGGUGCAGUAUUGAGGUCAAAACAAUUCCAAAUAAUCCACUCAACUGUAAUGGAGACCAUUUUUAGAUAGGAAUGCUUUGGAAAGUUUACCUAUGCACUAUAAAGCAAAUGGCAUUCAUUUUCUAAGUAUACAUAGUAUGGCUGUGACGGUCAUAGAAUUUUGGAAGACUGUAUUUGGCCAGCCAAAUGACCAUGCUCAGUGUAGUAACAGUUUGAAUAGCAGCGAAAACAAAACAAUUUUUACACAGUAUUUUCUCCUCUCCUCUGCAUGUGCUGCCAUAUAAAUAGAAUG